CUAUUGAAAAUUCAUAAUCUCUGAGCGCAUUCUGUUAUUGUAUAUCACAAUACCCUCAUUCUCAACAAGAUGCAAUUAAAUAAAUGAAGCUAGUAUGACACGGGAACGAAGCACUUGCUCUGUGUUAAAUGAUUCAAUUUGGUUUAGUUAUGUUUUAAUAUUUGUUGAAACCGGUUGAUUUGGUCUGAAUGGUGAACAGUACGCAACGAAUGAAACAUCAAUAGAGUGACAGCAUUUGCUACUUAAUUGUCAAUAGGUUGUGUGUCGCUCAAAACAGAAAUAAAUAGAAAUAAAAAAUUAAUCGCGCCGAAGCAAUAAUUAAUUAUAACAAGGGGCCAGUAUAUAUACAAAAUGCUAGAAUUUCAAAAUGUAUUUACACAGGCUGAAGCAGAUGCAAUCGAAAGUGAAUUUCAGCGCAUAAAAAAUAACGUAUAUCUAGAUCAUGCUGGAACUACUCUUUAUCCUAAUAGCUUAAUCGAUGCGUCGGGACAGGUGCUUAAAGAGAAUUUAUUUUGCAACCCACAUACUUGUAAAGUAACAGGUGAUCUCAUAGAUCAGGCACGCUAUCGUAUACUACAGCACUUCAACACAGACGCAACAGAAUAUGCGGUGAUAUUUACCGCUAAUGCCACCGCGGCGUUAAAACUGGUUGGUGAAUGCUUUAAUUUCGGUGAAGAUGCCGACAAUGCGGGUGCUUUUUACUACUGCCAGGAAAAUCACACAUCGGUUUUGGGAAUGCGUGAGAUAGUGCGCACCAAACGGCUGUAUGUCCUAACGAAAGACGAAAUAGUGGAAAAUCUAAAGCAUACUAAUGGUAUUGAUAAAAAUGGUUUCGAUGCUGAAAUCAGCUCUAAUGGUAGAAGCGAGUUGAAAACUAAUUCGCUAGUUGCCUAUUCGGCGCAAUGUAACUUUAGUGGCUAUAAAAUGCCACUGGAUACUAUAGAAGUCAUUCAGAAAUAUGGUUUAGUAGAGCAUGGCACACAUGUUGGCGACGAGGCAAAUGUAAAAGAAGCAGCAGAGAGUAAUUUUUAUAUUUGUCUGGACACAGCAUCCUACGUAGCCAGUAAUUUUCUCGAUCUGCGAAAAUAUAAGCCUGACUUUUGUUGUAUUUCAUUUUAUAAAAUGUUUGGUUUCCCUACGGGCGUCGGUGCGUUAUUGGUGAGCAGACGCGGUCAAACUGUGCUGCAAAAGCGUUACUAUGGUGGCGGCACUGUGAAUAUAGCAAUGACGCGGCAAAAUUUUCACGAAAAACGCCCAAACUUUACAACACGCUUCGAAGAUGGUACGUUACCUUUCCUGACCAUCACUGCGUUACUUGAAGGCUUUCGCGUACUGGAGCGGCUGGUGCCUGCAACAGCAAAGCAACUGCCGGUGCAACGUAUUAGCGCACACGUAUAUGCGCUAGCCAAAUACGGUCAUGACUCCCUCGCCGCGUUACGUCACACCAACGGUGCACCGCUAAUAGAGUUUUACAAUCAUAACGGUUAUGAGGAUAUAAGGCUGCAAGGCGGCGUCGUCACAUUCAAUGUAUUACACGAUGAUGGCACAUAUGUCGGUUUCGCCGAAGUUAGCUGCAUCGCUGCGGUACAUAAUGUACAAAUACGCACCGGGUGUUUCUGUAAUCCAGGGGCAUGUCAAUGGUUUUUGCACUUAUCGAAUGCCGAUAUACGCAAGCAAUACGAAGCGGGUCAUGUUUGUAGUGAUUUCACUGAUCUAGUUGAUGGCUUGCCGACCGGUGCUGUGCGCAUGUCUUUCGGUUAUAUGACGCGUGUAAGUGAUGUGGACAAAGCAGUGGCGAUGAUACGCGAUUGCUAUCUAACUACGGCAGCGGAACGUCUACGUCUUAUGGAAAGCGUAAAACUGCCGGAAGUGCUACGUCAUGUGCCGCAACGCUUGAAGCCGCAGUUAAAACGCAUUUGUAUCUAUCCGAUUAAAUCGUGCGGUGCUUUCGACAUUACAAGCGCAUGGCCGCUUACAAAUAGUGGCUUUAAAUAUGAUCGCGCCUGGAUGAUUGUCGAUGUCAACGGGAUGGCUAUUACACAAAAGCAUUUUACAAGGUUAUGUCUAAUAAGACCUUUAGUGAAGUUAAAGGAGGAGAUUUUAGAGUUACGAUUUCCCGGCAUGUCAGCAGUGCAGUUGCCGUUAAAAAUGAAGGCUGUAGUUGAAACUAAACGCGUCGAGUCAACGUUCUGUCAAAGUAAAGUGUGUAAUGAUUUAGUGGAAGGCCUAGAUUGUGGUGAGGAAGUGGGUAAAUGGUUAUCUGACUGCUUAGAAACGAGUGGUUUGCGUUUAGUGCGUCAAAAUGCCGAACGCCGUACACAAGAUGGUGUUUCGAAAGAUAUUAGCCUGGCAAAUCAAGCGCAAUUUUUGCUGGUAAAUCGCGCCUCGGUACGUUGGUUAGCAAAUAAGGUGGAAACGGAGAAAGAACCGCUUGAUUACACGGUUGAUCGUUUUCGUGGUAAUUUAAUAUUGGAAACUGCCAGCCCCUUCGAGGAAAAUUCUUUUGAGGAAAUCAGCAUUGGUGGUGUUGAUUUCAAAGUGGAAGGUUUUUGUACGCGUUGCCAAAUGAUUUGUAUUGAUCAACAUAAUGGACAGAAGACUAAUGAGCCUCUACGCACAAUUGCGCGUGAGUUUAGUGGAAAAAUACGUUUUGGUAUUUAUUUAUCGCUUAAGCAAGCACAAGCGGAAAAUACGCUGGUUUCUUGCAGCGCAGAAGUAAAGGUUAAAAAGCAGGAGGAGCAUGGAGCGGAGCAAUAAAUAGUAAAUAUUGCAGUAUAUAACAGUGAUUACAAUUUCAACUUAAGUACAUAUUCAAAUAUAAAUAUGUAAAUUUAAUGAAAAAUACCAAAAUAUGUAAUCGAAAAAUGCAACAGUUUCAAAUUUACAUAAAUAUGCCAGCAAUCGCAAGAAUUUGCCAGUAUAUUAUGCUAUAAAUAAUAUUUAUACUUAUAUAUACAUACACAAAGUUUUAAGAAGUAUUA